GCAGCCAGGCUGCAGUCAGAGACUCGCAGGCAGCAACUACGGUGUGCAGGAAACGCAUAGGCAAGAGGAGUGGGCAGCCGGGGGAGAGAGAGCUCCAUGCAAAGGCAAAAUAAAACACACAGCACAACAAACCCUUUAAUCCCCAACAAGCGGCGGCAAUAGCAGCAGCGAUCGUCCAGUAAAUUUCAAAAUAUCCUGCUCCUCCACCAUGGUUUUUCAAACUAGGCUCCCUUCUUGGAUUAUUUUAUGCUUCCUCUGGCUGCUUCGCUUUGCACACACGGGGGAGGCACAGGCUGCAAAAGAAGUAAUAUUGCUGGACUCUAAAGCACAACAGACAGAGUUGGAGUGGAUUUCCUUUCCUCCUAAUGGGUGGGAAGAAAUUAGUGGACUGGAUGAAAAUUACACUCCUAUACGAACAUACCAGGUAUGCCAGGUCAUGGAACCUAACCAAAAUAACUGGCUUCGGACUAACUGGAUUGCAAAAGGCAAUGCACAAAGGAUUUUUGUAGAACUGAAAUUCACUCUGAGGGAUUGUAACAGUCUUCCUGGAGUACUGGGGACAUGUAAAGAAACUUUUAACUUAUAUUAUUAUGAAACAGACUACGACAAUGGCAGGAAUAUCCGAGAAAAUCAGUAUGUAAAAAUAGACACCAUUGCAGCAGAUGAAAGUUUUACCCAAGGUGACCUUGGGGAGAGAAAAAUGAAACUUAACACAGAGGUGAGAGAGAUUGGAGCUUUGUCCAAGAAAGGAUUUUAUCUUGCAUUUCAAGAUGUAGGUGCCUGCAUUGCUUUGGUUUCUGUCAAAGUCUACUACAAGAAAUGCUGGUCUAUUAUUGAGAACUUAGCUAUUUUUCCAGAUACAGUGACUGGCUCAGAGUUUUCCUCUCUAGUUGAGGUACGAGGAACUUGUGUCAGCAGCGCAGAAGAGGAGGCUGAUAACUCUCCUAGGAUGCACUGUAGUGCAGAAGGAGAAUGGUUAGUGCCUAUUGGAAAGUGUAUCUGCAAAGCUGGAUACCAGCAAAAAGGAGACACUUGUGAACCAUGUGGCCGAGGAUUCUACAAAUCAUCUUCCCAAGAUCUACAGUGCUCUCGCUGUCCUACUCACAGUUUCUCUGACAAGGAAGGAUCUUCCCGAUGUGAUUGUGAUGAUAGCUAUUAUAGAGCGCCUUCUGAUCCACCAUAUGUUGCGUGCACAAGACCUCCAUCUGCACCACAGAACCUCAUCUUCAAUAUCAACCAGACUACUGUGAGUUUGGAAUGGAGCCCUCCUGCCGACAAUGGGGGAAGAAAUGAUGUGACCUACCGAAUUUUGUGCAAGAGGUGCAGCUGGGAGCAGGGUGAAUGUGUUCCCUGUGGGAGUAACAUUGGAUAUAUGCCCCAGCAAACUGGAUUAGUAGAAAACUACGUUACUGUCCUGGACCUCCUGGCUCAUGCUAAUUACACUUUUGAAGUGGAAGCGGUAAAUGGCGUAUCUGACUUGAGCCGUUCCCAGAGGCUCUUUGCAGCUGUCAGUAUUACCACUGGUCAAGCAGCUCCCUCGCAAGUUAGCGAAGUAAUGAAAGAGCGAGUGCUGCAAAGGAGCGUGGAGCUUUCCUGGCAGGAACCAGAACAUCCUAAUGGAGUCAUCACUGAAUAUGAAAUCAAGUAUUACGAGAAAGCUGUUGGAAAUGUGCUGUUGAGAUCAGACAUAAAACAAAGCUCCAGAUCAUUUUUGGAUCAAAGAGAGAGGACUUAUUCAACAGUAAAAACCAAGUCCACUUCAGCUUCCAUUAAUAAUUUGAAACCAGGAACAGUGUACGUUUUCCAGAUUCGUGCUUUUACUGCUGCUGGUUAUGGAAAUUAUAGUCCCAGACUAGAUGUUGCCACAUUAGAGGAAGCCACAGCCACAGCCGUUUCCAGUGAGCAGAAUCCUGUCAUUAUCAUAGCUGUGGUUGCUGUGGCAGGCACCAUCAUUCUGGUCUUCAUGGUGUUCGGAUUCAUCAUUGGACGAAGGCACUGUGGGUAUAGCAAAGCUGAUCAAGAAGGGGAUGAAGAACUUUACUUUCAUUUUAAAUUUCCAGGCACCAAAACCUACAUUGACCCUGAAACCUACGAGGACCCAAAUAGAGCUGUCCAUCAAUUCGCCAAGGAGCUAGAUGCCUCCUGUAUUAAAAUUGAGCGUGUGAUUGGUGCAGGAGAGUUUGGUGAAGUGUGCAGUGGGCGUCUGAAACUUCCAGGCAAGCGAGAUGUUUCAGUAGCCAUCAAAACCCUGAAAGUUGGCUAUACAGAGAAACAAAGGAGAGAUUUCCUGUGUGAAGCAAGCAUCAUGGGACAAUUUGACCAUCCCAAUGUUGUUCAUUUAGAAGGGGUGGUUACCAGAGGGAAACCAGUCAUGAUUGUAAUAGAAUACAUGGAGAAUGGGGCCCUAGAUGCAUUUCUUAGGAAACAUGAUGGGCAAUUUACAGUCAUUCAGCUAGUGGGAAUGUUGAGAGGAAUUGCUGCCGGAAUGAGAUAUUUGGCUGAUAUGGGAUAUGUUCACAGGGACCUAGCAGCACGCAAUAUUCUUGUCAACAGCAACCUUGUUUGUAAAGUGUCAGACUUUGGCCUGUCCAGAGUUAUAGAAGAUGAUCCAGAAGCUGUCUACACCACUACAGGUGGGAAAAUUCCUGUACGGUGGACAGCUCCAGAAGCCAUCCAAUAUCGUAAAUUUACAUCAGCAAGUGACGUAUGGAGUUAUGGAAUAGUUAUGUGGGAAGUAAUGUCUUAUGGAGAGCGGCCUUACUGGGACAUGUCAAAUCAAGAUGUUAUAAAAGCAAUUGAAGAAGGUUAUCGUUUGCCAGCACCCAUGGAUUGCCCAGCAGGUCUUCACCAGCUCAUGCUGGACUGUUGGCAAAAGGAACGUGGUGAAAGGCCAAAGUUUGAGCAGAUAGUUGGUAUUUUGGACAAAAUGAUUCGGAACCCUAAUAGUUUGAAAACCCCUCUUGGAACCUGCAGCAGGAAACAAUUUAUGUUACUGUUUUCUUCGCCUAGACCAAUUAGCCCUCUUCUGGACCAGAACACUCCUGAUUUCACCACGUUCUGCUCUGUAGGAGAAUGGUUACAAGCUAUUAAGAUGGAAAGAUAUAAGGAUAACUUCACAGCAGCAGGCUACAACUCUCUUGAAUCAGUAGCCAGGAUGACUAUUGAUGAUGUGAUGAGUUUAGGGAUCACGUUGGUUGGUCAUCAAAAGAAAAUUAUGAGCAGCAUUCAGACUAUGAGAGCACAAAUGCUACAUUUACAUGGCACUGGCAUCCAAGUGUGAUAGACAUUUCUCCCUUAUGAGGGAGGUAACGGACUGAGAGAACAGCACUGGCCUUCAGUAUACAUGAAGUGCUGCUGGAAGACACUUGAUCUCCUGGGUCCUUCCUGCAGUGAAGAGAAGAUCUACAAGAAGCACCUACAGACUUGAACUCCUAAGUGCCACCAGAGGUUACUAAAAGGGAAUUGGGAUCCACCACUGAUGGCAAGGAAAACAGCAGUGACAAUAAACAAAGUACUACCUGAAACACAUACAAACACCUUGAGCUCUCUAACCUCCUUUUUAUCUAAUAGACUUUUUAAAAUGUACAUAAAGAAUUUAAAAAAGAAUAUAUUUGUCAGAUAAAAUCAUGAUACUAUUGUUAAAUUCAGCAAAAUAUUUUCCUUAAAUCUUGAUUUAAGAAUCUUUUUUUAAUCAUUUGUGUUUAUUCUUCAUAAAGACCUUCUUUUAGUAUGAUGUUUAUAUCUCUGGACCUUUCUAGGGCUAAUUCUAUGACACAUUACUACACUGGGUACCUCUGAAAGGUUACUAGAAGUUUUAGAAAUGUAACAAGCAUGACUGAGCAACAUAUAUCUGUCCAAACAUUGAUAUCCUUUUUUGUGCCAUUUUAUUCUGUUAAAUCAACACUGUAUUGACAUGGUUUGCUAACUGGCAGGGAGUCAAGAAAAUGCAAGUUGCUAAGAGCUCUGAUAUUUUUUAAAGAAUUUUUUAAGGUUAAACAUAUAUUAUCUUUUAAAGGAAAAAAGAAAAAAAAGCAAUAAUGACCCCGAAGUAGUCCUAGGCACUUUUAACAAAUUGUUUGCAAGAUGAUUUUAAUGGACUAGAUUUAAGAUGAGAUUUUUUAAGGAGUAGAUCCAUAACUGUAAACCAACUGAGGUAUUUUAUGGAGUGGAUGAUAAUAGGAGUGCCUCAGAAGUCAGGUGCAGUUCUCCAGUGUUACCUAUUUUAAUCUGAGCACAUCACAUUUUUUUCAAUGCUCUGCAUUAGCAAAUCUGAGAGAAAUGGCUGGCAUAUAUUUUAUAUGCAUUUCAGUUGAGUGCAGUCCAGCUGUGAGAAUAAGAAUUUACCUUUGAUAUUAGAACUGUGGAGCAUGAGGCAAGGGGCAGUUCAGAAUUUUCACAUUGUUUACUAGCUUUCAUUGCUCUCAACACCAACACCAUACACACACACACAUUCAUUUGGGAACUUGAGUGCAAAAGUACUUGCUCAAUUAAAAACUUUUACACCAUUUUUAUUUAUAUAUGUACCUUAUUUAACUAAAAUGUUAAACUACCAUAAGCAAUAAGAAAGCGUGGCUACAGAUAUUGCAGGAAUGUAUACACAUCAGAGAGAUGCUUUCAGAAAUUAUGAAAAUUGUGAACUACCCCUUCAGUGAAAUGCUGAACUUCCAAAGAGAAUUGGGCUUCUUCCGUUGAUUUUGAUAGAGAAAGAUCCCAGGGAUCAGUCAUGAAUUGGUCUUGUUUGAUAAUGUGGGCAUCCACAAAAAAACUGUAAAUGUUCCUUUGUAAAACUUGUAAAUUUAAUUUAUACUGUCUUGUUUUGUACACACAUUUCUGUGUAGUGAGCUCUGAAUACAUUGAAAAUGCACUAUAUUUUUCUAUUUUACUUGCAGAGCGUCACAAAAGAACAUGUAUUUUCAGUGCUACAUAAUGUGUUUUCCCACAUUUAGGACCAAAGACAGCUACAGAAAACUCAAAUGGAUCAUUCCUUCCUCCACCCCACCCCUUUUUUUAUCGCUGUACAGUGUUACAUUUUCCAUUUUAUUUAUUUGUUUGAUUAGAAAAAUCAGUUUGAUUAUUCCAAUUUUCUUCUCCUUCUGCCUUCGUUGAAGAAAAUCUGUAAAAAGCUUUUAAUUAGCAUAAUCCCGUUACAUAGACACUUCCAUUUGUAAUCUUUGUAAUAGACUGUAAAUAUAUUUUUGGAACUAUAACACAAUGUUCACAAGGAUUAUUUUUCAGUGUCCAUAUAUGAUCGUUUAUACAAUUCACAACCCUUUGCAGUCAUGUUGAGAAGCAUACUUUAUGGCCUGGUUUGGCUAUAAGAAAGAACGGCGAAGAUUCUUAUUUACCAUUAGAUUAUCAACUCAGAAGAAAUGAAGUUAUUUGCAUACACAUAAGUCAGCAGGCUUUUUUUACUGUUAAUUUUUUUUUUAGAAAAUUAUUAAUAUUAGAAGACAAAAUGCACCACAAGCCCAAAUUUUCAGUCUAAUGCACCUAAACCUUCCGGCACUUAAGUUAGCAAUUGUGUUGUGUUGUAGGCAGCCAGUUUUGAAAAUCUUGACACUAAAUCUACAAUAAGGAACCUAGGCUGGACGUUUCAAAGGGGCCUAAUGUACUCAGCUGCCCACAUCCCAUCAUAUUGCAAUGGAAUUUGGGUGCCUAACUCCACUAGGCCAUUUUGAAAGCCCGAGUUCUAAAUAUACACAUCUCAUGGGAGUUGUGGACAAACCCUCUUUAAAUGGAAAAUGAGGCAAACACCUGUAUGCGACUGUGUUCAAGAGGCACAAACGAUGAAACACAUCAUAUCUGAGUGUCCCCUUUGUUCUUUCACCAAGGGCCUGAAAUACAUUCACCAGCUCACUGCUGCAGCAAUGUGCUGGCUAUCAAAUCUAGAUACAAAUUUGUAAUCAUUGCUACCUAGCCAAGCCGUAUGAAAGAAGAAGUUCUAAGUGGUCUGACUUUCAAAAGUGUUGAGCCUUCUCCAGCAUUCAGUCCUUGACUCAGCAAGAUAUCAUGUGGUUCACUUUGUAGACCCUUCAUGGGACUUGGGCACAUGCUUAACCUUGAGCAGAUAUUUAAGUGCUUUGCUGAAUAAGGGUUAACUUAACAUGUGAUUAAAUACCUUGCUAUAUUGGGGCCUCAUAGUUUAGAAGCUGUAGGGUGAUCAAUUAUUUUCCAUAUCAAGCCACUUACUUAAGUACCUAACUAUGGAUUUAGGAGUUGAACUUCAAGCACCCACUUUUGAAAACUUUUGGGUUCAGGGGCUCGAUCAUGCAAGAUGCAAUGCUAUUCCUUUUUAAUAAGAGUUGAGGGCCACUCUGCACCUUUAGGAGUUGCUAGGCAGCAUGGACUUAUCAAUGCAGGUUUGAAAUCUUAACUUUAGGCAAAGAAAUUUUAAAAUGCGGCUCAUAAUAAUGAUUAUGUCUACUUUAUCUUUCCCCUUUACGGUCAUAGCCAAGUCAGAUGCUUUGAAUAGAUGAUAAAACAUUGAUCAUCUAUCUCUCUUGACUGCCUUAAAGUUGCUACAUAUUCGUAUGCCUUUGAAAGAGGCAGGACAGACCUUCAAAGCACAAUCAAUAUUCAAAUACCUAGUCUAUCUUUCUGGCUAGAACAUUAUUGCAAUUAGGAGUAUAUGUAUGCAUAUCCAAUUUUUAGCUGGCAAAGCAUCAACAUUAUAAUGUUGCUUUCAAUUCUCUAUGUUUGAAGAGAGAUGGAACAGGGUAAGGAAAACAAUGGCAGAAAAAGGUUGGAAUCUUCUAUUGAGACUCAAGCAUUUGGCGAGCAGUGGAAGAAAAUGUGGAAAUUAAAAAAAAAGUUUCCAAUUAUUUAGAAAAUGAAACAAAUCACGCGGGUCAAAUUCUAGCCUUGUACCCCAUCCAACUAAAUUGAAGUCACUGGCGUUGUACAGGGUGUAAAUCAGAUUAGAAUUUCUCCUUGUGUGUGCUUGACUGCUAGAAAGUUAUUUUUUCUGAAUGAACCAAAUUUUCGUUUUAUAACUAAAUAAGCUCUUCCAUCACCAAUAUCUUCCAGAUUUUCUUAAAACACACUUGUCGCUUCCAACAAUGUGCAAUGAAUCAUCUACCUGCAAUUGUUAAGUAGGAUAUUAAUUCUUUAUUGCUCUAAUUGUGUUGAUGUUCCAGUGAAAGACCCAACUGUCCCACUGGUAAAUUGCACUUCUAUAACAUCUAAAAUAAAUUGGAAUGUUCUUUUACAUAUAACUUCACUCAAGAGGCUAUGUGAUCAUAUAUGAUAGUUAUUGUUUGGAUAAAAUCAUGUUUAACUGAAACUCUGACACGGUCAUGUUAAAAAACUCCAGGAAGGAAAAAGUGCUUUUAUGUAUCUAAAACUUGAAUGUUGUUUUUAAUAUCUCAAUAAUUCAGCUCCGUUUGUAUUCACCAUUUAAAAAUUAGUUUUUGAUAUGUUUAAACUGGAUUCAUUUGGCAUCCACUGAGUUAGUUUAAAGAAAUUAUUUUAAAUUAUAUUUUGCUUUUCUCCACUACUAAUUCACAGAAAAUAAUUUCCCAGUGUUUGGAAUGUUACAAAAACUAUUACUUUAAUGUAGGGAAUGAGUUUUACUUUAUAUUUGUCCGGUAAGAGUUGAAAUAAGCAGAAUUUGUCCUUAACUUCCAAAAGGAUUUAUAUAUAGCAAUAUAACUACAGUAUAACAAAUUAUAUUACUAAUUUAGGGUAGAUUUGUGUCAUUUAUGCAUAGCCCAUAAUUAGAAGUGAUGCAGAUGUACAUUGGCCCAGGGUGAGUUUCAGCAGGCAUUCUACCUCUUAGAAACAGAAUGGAUCAGAUAAUGGGCAGUAAACACGGAGUAUGAUGUUACUGAACCAAAAUAAGAGUAUGUCCUUUUGUCACUUCACUUUUAAAAAAAAGAAUACUCAAAAAGUUAGAAGUUAAAACCUACCUUUUUUUAAAAGCCAACCAUACCAUUUCUGAAGUUAAAAAUGAUAUAACUCUUUUCACAAAUGUCUGUUGUUUUUCUAUUUCAAAAUUAUUUAUUUAAAUAGAGCAUAUAUGGAAGGCAGGGGAAGAGACCAGGUCCCUGGUCCAGGUUAGAAAUCCCGGUAUAAGAAAUGUGUGAGACAAAUGCUUGCCUACAAUAACUGUGACACCUGAGCUGAGGCUGCAGUAAUACCAAACUCCAGUUUCAGGGGAUUGGCCCAGGAAAGUUAUUGUGUGUACUCAGAUGAGUUAAACAAAAUCGAUACAAUGUGACAGAGUAAUUGUUUUUAUCAAAUUUGGUAGCUACCUGAAGAUGGUAGAUUCCGGAUUUAGGAGACAACUCAAAAUGUCUGAGCUUUGAGGUAGCACAUAGGACCAGAAGGGACCUCCUAGGUCAUCAAGUCCAGUCCCUUGCUAACACAGGCAACCUGGUCAUAAAUCUUGUAUAUACAUUUUUCGGGCAAAAACUAGUUGGAUUUUUUGCCCCCACAGCUAUUGGAAGACUGUUCCAAAAUCUAACUCCUCUGAUAGUUAGAAACCUUCUUUUAGUUUUCAACCUAAAUGUAUUUGUGGCCAGAUUUUACCUGUUCUUGUGCCAACAUUGUACUUUAUCUUAAAUAGCUCGCGACCCUCCUUGCUGUUUACCUCUGUGAUGUAUUUAUAGAGAGCAGUCAUAUUCCUUCUCAGCUAUCAUUUUAGUAAGUUAAAUAAGCCAAGCUCUUUUAGAAUCAUUUUAGUUCCCGUAAAACUCAAAUUCUGGGCAGCAGCAUAUUUUCCCCAUUAUUCCCCUAAGAAUCAGAAGUCUGGCCAACAAUUACUUUCAAGCAAGAAUAUUUAUUGCUUGCAUAGUGCAGCCUUCCAUCUACUUAGGAAUAUAAAGACUUAAAUUAAAUUUCCCUUGAAAAACAGUGGUUUGAAGGGGAAAAAAAUAAGAGGUUGGUGAACGUACAAAAAACAUGACCAAAAAAAGAGACCAUAAAUGUCAUGAAACCCAAAAUAUUACUUGGUUCUUCUGUCCUUAUUGGUAUUGCAUUCUAUAUAGUCCUUUGCAGAACAUGAAUAAUUACUGAAGGAUAUUACAUACCAGAUUAAAAGACGGAAAUAAAAAUGUGUUGUAUCCUAGAGCUGAAUGGAAGCAGUAAGCAAGCUAGAUAGUUUUUGCUUUUGUUUUAAAGAAUAUAUUUAAAAUGUGUUAAGUUGGGUGGCUUACACAUGUUAAGGCAGCGAUUCUCAACUCGGGGGGUACAUAUUUGCCCAGUUUUAAAAUAGGGUCCAUAAAAAGCAGUAGUGAAGUCAGUACAAACUAAAAUUCCAUACAGACAAUGACUUGUUUAUACUGCUCUAUAUACCAUACACUGAAAUGUACGUACAAUAUUUAUAUUCCAAUUGAUUUAUUUUAUAAUUAUAUGGUAAAAAUGAGAAAGUUAGCAAUUUUUCAGUAGUAGUGUGCUGUGACACUUUUGUAUUUUUAUGUCUGAUUUUUGUAAGCAAGUAGUUUUUAAGUGAGGUGAAACUUGGGGGUAUGCAAGACAAAUCAGACUCCUGAAAGGGGUACAGUAGUCUGGAAAGAUUGAGCCACUGUGUUAAGGUACAGGCUUCCAUAACCUAAGUGCCACAACAGUGAAUGUGUGAUACCCAUGAAACUGCGUUUGGGCAUAUGGGACGGAUAAAUGGUGUACAGUUUAAGAGUGAUGGGUACUAUUUGAAAUUUAUGAGAUUAAGAGAUCUGGUAGGUUAUGUGCAGUAAGAUCAUGAAAAGCAUUAAAAAUUAAAAAGCAAAACCCUUGUCCUGCACUUGACUGGAACCAGAAAGUGAGUGCAACAACAGGGGGAAAUGUGAAGAUGUUUAGAAUGUGUGACUAUUAAUGGUGUGGAGUUCUAUAAUGUCAAGUUUCAAAAGCUUGCAGGGAGGCCAAGAAGCAUCAAAAUUUAUUUUUAAAGUCUCAUAGUUAAUAAAAUAUGGCUAAUAACCUUGAGUGGAGUGUUUUUAAUACUAUGAUUUUUCUGAAGGCCAGAUUGG